AGUGUUUGUUCAAGUCCUAACCUGCGGCUGUGGGCCUAUGAAAAAAAUCACAAUCUAAAAGAAAAACAAAUUUUCAUUUUCCUCUGUAAAUCCAGACUUGUGUAGAAAGCUGAUAUGAUUCAACUGCCUCUUCCUGUAAAUCCACCCACUCUCUGGGUGUUGGGAUUUCAGUAUAAGACAGAUGCUUUAGUGUGGAAAGGACUUGGGAGAAUUCCUAACACAAACUCUGAAAUCUGCCGACUGCUCAUUUAACAUCUUUUCAACAACAAGUCUUUAACGUAGAACUAUCCAGGAUCGAGGCUGUCUUUCACGUGCUCUUUAACUUUUUCGGAAUUGUCAGAACUUGGGAAGGGAAUUUUUGUUUUCGUAAAGGAACAAUAAAUGUGCUUACAAUAAAUCAAUGGACUGUUAUCCAGAACUUCAUGGUGUAGUCAUUGCCCUUUUCCUGACUCUUCAACCUGGAGUGUGGCAUUGCCAAGAACCUGAACUGCGGGAACUUAAGCUUCGCCAUGAUUCCUCUCAGCAGCGUUUGUUUGUAGAAUGGAAUCUCUAUGAAAAAUCACAUGCGCCUGAUGUGGAGAUACAGUUUCAAAUUCAAGUAGCCCGUUCUAAAAAACUAAAUAUUAUCCUGAAUGAAACUUAUACCACGACUCUGUCCGGAUCUGGGGAACCCUACAGAUGGACGUGGGACUCUCAGCUGCCAUUAGAAUGUGACUCUCACUCUGUGCGCAUUCGGAGUGCACUUCUAGGGAGACCUUGGAGUAUGUGGAGCCCAUGGAAGACUCAUCAUGGACACAGUAAUGGGGACAGAACAGUCAUUUACCCCCAUGAGAAAAUAGUUCCUGUGGGGUCCAAUGUCACUUUCUGCUGCUUUCCUGGACACAAUCAGAGAGUGGAGUAUAUGCGUUAUGGAGGGCCAAUAUACAACAGCACAUCUCUCAGCCUGGAAACAGACAGCUAUGCAAUAACAGUGCAAAAUGUGACUAUAACCAGGUCAGAUGGGGCCAAUGUUAUUUGCCGCGUGGCUGGGAAAAACCAUGGAACUGUACUUAUUGUCAGCAAACCACCAGAUGAACCCAAAAACUUUUCCUGUAUAACACAAGAUAUGGAAACUUUAAAUUGCACCUGGAGCCCAGGACACAUAUACAACUUUUACAGGGUUCUGGCUGUAAAUUACACACUGCACGAAUGGUUAUCUCACAAAUCCUCUCCCUGCACCAGAAAUGAGUGUAUUUGGCCUGUUGCCAGGAACCAGCAGAUCUAUAAUUUUACGUUGAUCGCUGAAAAUGUAAUGGGAGGAAGACGCAUCCAUGCCAUUGUGAAUCUAACAGAGAGAAUUCUACCGCUGGUUCCUUCAAAUCUGGAAGCAAGACAUAGAAACAGCUCCCACAUUACGUUGAACUGGGUCUUGAAAGCAGAUUACACGGCUCUUCGAUUACACUGUCAGACUGACUCUCAGGAAAACUUGGUAAACACGAUGAGUAGAGGAAAAAAAGCAUCAGACGUCUACAGCGUCAUCCUCGCCGGACUGCAGCCGUGGACUAAAUAUGACCUGAAAGUGCGAUGUAUGUCGGAGUCAUCCCUGGCUGGGUGGAGCACUUGGAGUCAAGAACUAUCAGUCUGGACACAUGAAGAUGUGCCCACAGGUGCGCUCGAUGUUUGGAGACAGGUAAAGAGAGGAGAAGGACGGCGGCUUGUGACUCUGUACUGGAGACCUUCACCAGCAUUUAGUGCCAAUGGAAUUAUAUCUCACUACAACAUCAGAUGGUGGACGCUAGAGGGCGCGCUCAUAAGCAACAACAGCAAAGUCUCUGCACAGGAGAACAGCUCACGGAUAUCAAUAGGUAGACAAGCGUACGCCUUUAGCGUCAUGGCGGAGAAUGGAGCUGGCAAAUCUCCAGCCACUGAGCUAAGGAUCCCUAGAGCCAGAACAAAUGACGAUGAGCAUGUGGCUGUCCAGAAGACUUCCAGCAGAGAUGGGGGAAUUUACCUACAGUGGGAACGGAACCCUACUCUGCUUGGAUAUGUGGUGGAAUGGUGCAAUGAACCCAAACGUCCUCACUGUGACCUUCAAUGGAAAAAGUACAAUUCCAGCAUUGACAGCGACGUUGUCACAUCCGGUGCCUUUAGACCAGGCGUGAGAUAUCAUUUCCAUAUUCAUGGAUCCAAAGAAGACGGAGAACACUUACUGGGGAGUAGGAUGGGGUAUACAGUGGAAUUGGUGUCUUCCGUCAAGCCAAAAGCUGAAAUCCGUAAGAUCAAUGCAAAUUCCCUGUCAUUGGACUGGAGCCCUUAUCCAACAGAUGAGUCUCAGGAAGGCUUUGUAACCGGAUACAUCAUUUACCUGAAGAACACCGGUGGAGUCUGUGAGACGGGGAUGUCCGAUGAUCACAUAUAUUUCAAUGGCUCAGAUGUUUGCAGGCUUCAUAAAAAAGAUCCGAAUGAUAUGGAGAUCACGAUAAAUGGACUACAAUCAAAUACGACAUAUGAAGUAGCAGUAACGGCCCUCACAGGCGGAGGUGAAACGGAGGUUGAGUUUACUAAAGCCCAUACGCCACCGGGCACGGGAGCAGUGAUCCUUCCAAUCCUACUGCCGGUUCUUACAGUUGCACUGCUGGCACUAGCACUAAUCUCCGUAGGAUGCUGGAAGAGGGCUUGGUUAAAGGAAAUGUGUUAUCCUGAUAUUCCAGACCCAAACAAGAGUAAGAUCCUCUCCUUCCCUGCACCCAAGGGUGUAGCAGACAGACACUGCCGACCAGCAGACAUUGGAUGUGCUACCCAGAUGGUGGAAGUUGUCAGUCAGCAAAAUUUAGAGUGCACCAAAACUUAUGACAGCAUCAAUAAUACAAGUGGCGAUCAACUCGACUUGCUCUAUACCUGUAUACAGAAAAAUAACCAGUCCGGGUGCGGAGUAAAUUUACAUUACGUUACUGGUAGUGCUGAAAAUGCAAACACUUUGCACGAAACAACACAUGAACCAUCUGAUGUUCCUGGAACGAAGUACCAGGAGUUCUUCAACCAGAAUUACACCAGCUCACCUGAUUGUACCUUUGAUUGUUCAACAAGUCCUGGAUAUAGACCUCAAGCAGACAGUGCUCCACGCCCAAUGGAUGAUGCACCUGGGUUAGAUGCCUUCAACCAUGCAAGAUGUACGUAUCUGGAGGCAAGCCCCGAUGAAGUGGAGGUAUGCUUUACAAAUGUUCCCGAUUUGGAGAGGGAGCCGAGGAGCCCAACUUCUGUAGACUCAACCACAUUCAUACUUGUAGCCUAAAGGAACGCUUCAAACUUUAUAUGGAACGUACAUUAAUGUGGAUGUCUCAGAUAUAAAUGUAUGGACAUGGACGAAUAGACACACUUUGGCAUUAAAUACAGACUUCAGUUAGGUAACGUCCUAGCUUUGAAUGAGUGCAUAAAGGACAAGAGAAGCACAUAGACAUUGCGGCAUUCUGGGCUCUAAAUGUUCCUGUUGUAGAGGAGUCAGCCAUUGUGGGAGCCGACCACGUCUUCAUUCAACUAGGAACUUAUGCAACAGUGACAUCAAUGCUUCCUCCUUGUGAAUUUAUAGGCUGUAUUCUUGGCUAUAUUGGUUCAACCCACAAAAUAGCUACAUCUAAUGAAUGUAGGCAACUGGUAAACUUUAAUCUAGUUCCAUUAACCUCUUCAGUGGUAUGCCCGGAAAAUUUCCGGGGCCAGCUGCGCUGUGCAGACUGGUUACGCCGGAAAUUUUCUGGGGCAUGCCACUGCUCCCCCUCCCUCCUCCUCGCACUCCGCUUGGCUGGUGGACUUUUGCACUAUGACACAAUCGCGUCAUUCCGCAAAACUCCGUCAGCCGAGCGGAGUACAAUGGAGGAUGAGGGGAGAGGAUUUUAGUGCUGGUGGGCUAGUGCCCUCGGGCAAAUGCUACCCCAUAGGGAUGGCCAUCAGUGGGUUAUCCAUCGAUGGUCACCAUCAAUGGAAAACCUUGAUGGUGUAAAACCAUCUGGAAUGGGUCCAUUGAUGGUUUUACCCAUCGAUGGUCAUCCCUGCAUUACUGUACAAAUGCGGGCCAAUCAGAGCCCAGGAGCGUGGCUUAGCAGGUGUCAGGGGGCGGGGCUGAGCUCCGAGCCCUGACACUUAGAAAAAAAAUAAUAAUAAUAAUUCGGUAGCACUGAACCAUCGUUGGCGGGAUAUGGUUUUCCCCCAUCGAUCGGUAAAAGUAGUCGACAUCGGUCAUAGACCAUUGAUGAUUUUGAAUCAUCAAUGGUCUAUGGCCAUCCCUAGCUACCCCUAGGCAACGAGCAUUCCCUAAGGCAACGAGCAUUCCCUGUGGCAACAAACAUGGAUCCCAGAGCAUAAAACCCCUGGCAAAAAGCAUGACAUAGUGCGUGAAACCCCUGGCAACGAGCAGGUAAAAAAAAAUAAAAACCAACCCUGGGAGGUGUGACCAAAUUCCAAAAAGUCACCACAGAAGGGGUUUAAGGGAUCUGGCAUAUGCAGGGUCACACAGGAGCAUAAUAUACAUAUGUCACUGACAAUACAUAACCACCUCCUGCUCUGAUCCUCGCCCGCUCAACUCAUCCAACUCCAACAUGCCCACUUGUGCUAAGAGCCUUACACAUGGUGCAAGUGGCGGCUGGUUGGUUAUUUUGCAGUAAUGUCCAUGGGUUAGACAGGUCAGCAUUGCUAGGUGACAUCUCGGUCAUCCAUCCAUGCACUGUGGGUGUCUCACCCUUUGCAAUAAUGUAACCUGCUUUAAACACUAUAAGGAGAAAGGCAUUAUAUCAAGAACCCAAUCUCCUUACAUGUAAUGGCAAUGUCUGGCACACACAUGCCUCCUGGUACUAAGGGGUACAUUUACUAAGCAGUGAUAAGAGCGGAGAAGUGAGCCAGUGGAGAAAUUUCCCCAUCAACCAAUGAGCAGCUCUGUAGCAUUUUAUAGUAUGCAAAUUAUAGAUGUUACUUCAGUGCUGAUUGGUUGCCAUGGGCACUACUCCAUUGGCUCACUUCUCCACUCUUAUCACUGCUUAGUAAAUGUCCCCCUAAGUCACUUAUGGGUAGGUUUCAUUUAUUCAUACCUUUACCUCAUAGUCACUCAUCUAAGGGCCUAAUGCAGACCUGAUCAUAGAUGUGCGGAAAAAUGCUCAUCUACAAUCAUAAUCUCUGACAUGCGGGGGGACACCCAGCACAGGGCUAGUCCGCCUUACAUGCCAGGCCCUACUCCCCCCUUCCCCGCAGACGUGCAAAAUCAUUGCACAGCGGCGAUGCUUUCACACCUGAAGAGUAGCUCUCUGCCUACAGAACCUAGCUGCGAAGGCAGGCGUCUAACCGCCAUGUUUUUGCCCGUAGUGGCUGCGUGUGAUGCCACACGCACGCUGCGGCCCGCCCCUGACUGACAUGACUGCGUUUUCGGUGCAUGGUUCUGGACAACGCAGGUGUGUCUGGACUGACACACCUGCGUUGUCCGGAACUGUGCACCGAAAACGCUGUCAUGUCAGUCAGGCAGAGGUGGUCGCACCAGUGAGAUGUCUUCGCAUCCUACCGUGUGUGCAAUGCAUGCGUGCUGCGGCUGCUGCGUGUGCGCACAGCUCACUGGGUUUCAGCCUGCGACCGCUGCUGCUACAGCAGCGACCAGGUCUGAAUUAGGCCCUAAGUCCAGUGCGGCCAUCCUUUGCCAGAUUCAUUGAGGAUUGGUGCAGUUGUCUGAUUACCUCACACAAGGAUUCGUACAGAUAGGGGUUUGUUUUACCCCUUUCUGAAAAACGCCAUAGGCUUUUAGUCUACCCCUGUCAUGUGAUCAGAAGCGGGGUCAGAAUCCAGCUCACCUACCUGCAGCUUCCAUUGCACGAUUGGCUGUGGGGUGAUGUAUAACAGAGUGGAAAGGGACGGUGUGAUGCAUGGAUUGAGUAGGAGUGAGGAAUAAUAAGGGUAAGGAGUCAUGAAGGUGGGUGAUGAAAAUCUGAUUGAGCCUUAGGACUCUCCCCUCUUUCCUGUCACACACCCUCCCUUGGUACACUUCAGUACGGAGAUGACCGCGGCUUCUUGCCUGAGAUUAUCAACGUUUUGUUACAAUCUCAUUCAUAUUAAUGUAAGGAACAUUUCUGAAGGGUUACAUACAGUAUGCUGAACAAACAGACAGUGAUCUGGAUAUAGCUGUACACUACAGACCAAAGAACUACUGCCUCUCCCUGUAACAACUGAAGACGAUAGGGGAGAUUUUCUGACCCUUUGUAAUUAAUGAGCCAACCUGUCUGAUAACAGUGUUGUGUAUGUAUGUACCUAUCUAUCUAGGUAUUAUAUAUAGAUAUAGGGGUCUAUUCAUGAAACAGUGAAAAGUGUGGAGAAGUGAGACUGUGGAGAAGUUGCCCAUGGCAACCAAUCAGCUGCUUCGUACAAUUCCACAGUAUGCAAAUGAUAAAUGUUAGUUCAAUGCUGAUUGGUUGUCAUGGGCAACUUCUCCACUGGCUCACUUCUCCAUACUUUUCACUGCUUCAUGAAUAGACCCCACAGAAACCAGCCUCUAUAUCCUACCGUUACCAGCAUCAACGAUGGAACGGACUGAAUUAAUAUGUUUUAAUAUUAGACAUGUUUUAUUGUGUGGUAGCACAACAGGUGGGAUAUACAAGUAGAAUGAGCAGAAUGGUGGGUAUAAUUACUUUUGUUUCUUUACACUCCAGUGCUCAUUUAAUGCUACGAUGAAUGAAGAUAAUUUAAGAUUGGGAGAUUUCUCAAACUACAUAUAUCAAUAUAUAUUUCAUAUUAAUUUUUUUUUUUUUUUACAGUUUUGUAGCAUAUAGAGUCCUAUAUUUUCAUGUACAAUA